AGACCUGGCGGCUGCGUAUUUCUCAAUUUUCUCCAUAGUAAAGGAUAUGCUGAACUCUUCGCUGGGUUUCAAUCGGCCGAUACGCGGUCUUGCGCUUCCGUUCUCUGAAAACCGUAAAAUCAUCGGAAUUAAUGCAUGUAAGCUUCAAAUUUCUUCCCAUUUCCACGAUUUCUCGCAGCGUAAGUUCUUGAAGAAUGCCUCUUCUAGUAGCUUGUUGAGAAUUCAACUUCGACGUCGCCGGAAUGAGGUGGAGAAGCUUUUGUUUAUGUGUCCUCCAUUUGGAGUUUCCUCGAACGGUGCUCAGUUUGGUUCGAUUCCGGACCAACGCGGGACUCAGUCUCCGAGUUUCGCCGAAUUUAUCACGUCGGAGCGAAUCAAAGUGGUGGCUAUGCUCGCUUUGGCUCUGGCGCUCUGCAACGCGGAUAGAGUUGUGAUGUCGGUGGCGAUUGUGCCUUUGUCGCUCGCUCACGGGUGGAGCACAUCAUUUUCUGGCAUUGUUCAGUCAUCUUUUCUAUGGGGAUACUUGAUUUCACCAAUAGCAGGGGGAGCAUUGGUGGACUAUUAUGGUGGUAAGGUAGUAAUGGCGUGGGGUGUGGCAUUGUGGUCAUUAUCCACAUUUCUUACACCGUGGGCGGCUGAAACUUCUUUAUGGGCACUGCUUUUUGCACGAGCUAUGCUUGGGGUGGGAGAAGGUGUAGCUCUUCCUUGCAUGAACAACAUGAUAGCAAGAUGGUUUCCUCAGACAGAACGGGCCAGGGCUGUUGGAAUUGCAAUGGCUGGAUUUCAGCUUGGAAAUGCAAUAGGACUCACUCUGUCCCCAAUUCUCAUGUCGCAAGCUGGUAUAUUUGGACCAUUUGUGAUAUUUGGUCUUUGUGGAUUUCUUUGGGUUUUAGUAUGGUUAUCUGCAACAUCAAGUACUCCUGACCAAAGUCGCCAGAUAUCAAAAUAUGAACUGGACUACAUAAUGAAAGAGAGGAAAAAGCCUCUUGCAGGGGAGAAAAAACCUAAAGCAACCAAAGUGGUUCCCCCAUUCAGAAGAUUGCUUUCUAAAAUGCCAACGUGGUCUCUAAUUGUUGCAAAUGCCAUGCAUAGCUGGGGCUUUUUUGUUAUUCUUUCAUGGAUGCCCAUUUACUUCAACUCAGUACACCAUGUAGACCUAAGACAAGCAGCAUGGUUUAGUGCUGUACCAUGGAGCAUGAUGGCAUUAAUGGGAUUCCUUGCUGGUAUGUGGUCAGAUCUGUUGAUAAAGAAUGGUAGUAGUAUCACUUUGACUCGCAAGAUCAUGCAGUCUAUUGGUUUUCUUGGUCCUGGGAUCUCUCUAAUUGGUUUAGCUACAGCAAAAAGUCCAUUUAUUGCAUCCGCUUGGCUUAGUUUGGCUGUUGGGCUGAAAUCAUUCAGUCAUAGUGGGUUCCUUGUCAACCUUCAGGAGAUUGCUCCACAAUAUUCAGGUGUUUUACAUGGAUUGUCAAACACUGCUGGAACACUUGCUGCGAUUGUGGGGACUGUUGGAGCUGGUUUCUUUGUUGAAUUGGUUGGAUCCUUCCAAGGAUUUCUGUUGCUCACAUCACUUCUAUACUUUCUGGCAGCACUUUUCUACAACAUCUUCUCCACUGGAGAGAGAGUACAUUUUGAUGAAACCGCUCCCUGAUUGAGGUUUGAGACCGCCCUACAUUGAUGAAUGAUGGUGAACGCUAUAGUGGCACCAACGACAAAUGGAGCAAAACUGUUGAAUCUUGUAGAAUGAUAGUUUGGCAGACUUUCUUAUAAACAAAUAGCCCGUCUAUACAAUUUCUGUUACGAAUGAAAUCAAAUGAUUGUACAUUGUACAUUUGGUAAAUUUUUACAGUCCCUAAUCCUUUCUUUCAGGUGCGUUGAGGGUCUGACUAAAACAAAAAUAACUUUCAAGGAGGGAAGAUUCGGCUGCUUUUAUUUUCUUUUUAAUGUUUAUAAUUCAAUGACCAAAAACCUUGGCUGUUGUUUUGUACUUUCAUCGGAUAAGAUUUGGCUGUUUGAGUUUAAUUUUUUGAUAGAGAUUGACUUAAUAAUUUUAUAUAAUAAAU